AUGCCGCUGUUCGACGCCAUCGAGAGCGAUGUGACGGCCUUCUUUGUCUCGCAGGGCACGGUCUUCGACACGCUCGUCAAGAGCUUCAUGGACCGCGUGGCGCUCGUCGAGUCGAGCGUAGCGAUGCUGCGCACGGACGUGAGCAACAACUUCAACUUGGUGCACCAGCGCAUCGACGCCAGCAACGUCGCGGCCGCCGAGGUGUCCGCGGCAACGGCAGCAGCGGCUGCAGCUGCUGCAGCUUCAGCGGCAUUGGCGUCGCUCCCCCAAUCGUUCGCACAGGACAUCGAUUGCGCCUCGUACGCGUCGCCGCCAGCGGUAGCGACGGUCGUGGAAGGCGACGGCGGCGGCAGGAACGAGGAGCUCGAGUACUACGUCAUGACGCUGUCGCGCCAGCUCAACAUGGUGCUGGAGGUGCUCUUCCAGCCGCACGGGAACAACGUGGUGGAGGUCGUCCAGGCCAAGCAGAUGCGACUGCACUCGAUCUCGGACGUGCUGACGGAGAACGAGGCCAUCCUCAUGGAGCUAGCGAUCCAGCACGACGACCCCAAGAUGUUCCACGGAAAGACUCAUUCAAUAUCUGAUGUUUCAACACCUGCUGGAUCGGAACUUGUCGUCAAUACUGCUCAAGAACCUGUGGCCAAACCUCAAGAGGCAAGUGUGGACGCUACAGCGCAGCAGAACCCCUCGAUGAACUUGGACAUUAGUGACAAAACUCAAGUAACGCCGCAGUCAAACAAGCGCCUGAAGCAGGUGGUUGAGACCAUCACUCCGCAACUUGAGGCUUCGCCGCUGACCAAGAAGGAAGAAGUGGUUAGAUCGGUCAGCAAUGAGGUCGACAACCAGCAGGCAAGUCCAGCGGACGAACACGAAGACAACGGCGACGAAGAAUCGGACCACGUGCCUCCAUUCCUACCACCGUCAACCCACAUCGAUACUAAUCUGCAUCGGACGAAGAGCUUCUUCCGGAAUUGCCAGGAUCUGCAGCGCCAAGAGGAGGCGAGGCUUCGAGAGCAGCGACGUCGGGAGGAGGAAUUGAUGCGUCGAAUGCACGAGCUCCUUAUGCAAUCCCGUGCCCACUUACAGCAGGAACACAGCGAAGCGUGGCAACAGCAGCAAAAUGACGCGGCUCAACAGCAGCAGCAGUGGAUUUUCCACCUCCAGGAGCAGCUUCAGAGACACCAGCAGGAUCAGCAACAGCGAGAGCAGGACCAUCAUCAACGAGAACAGGAUCGACAUCAGCGAGAUCAAGAUCGGCAGCAGCUGGAGCAGGAAUGGCGGCGUGAGCAAGAACAGCGGAGAGAAGCGGAUAUGAUCACCACCCAGCUCGAACUCGACCGGAAACUGGAAGCGCUUAGUGGCAUCAUGGCCGCUGCACAAGCUACUCAGGGUCAUGAAAUCGCACAAGUCGUGCAGCUUGUUAACGACUUCGAGAGGCGAUUCGUAUCCCCAGAAGCUUUAGAAGCAGCAGGGGCGUUGUGGCUGAAGACUGCGGCAGACAACUGCAUUUACGGAGCGAACCCUGAGACGCUCUCGACCUUGCAGCAUAAUCUUCAGGGUUUCCAGAACGAGUUGAAGCAGCAGACGGUCAAAGCUCCAGCUAUCACAGCGCUGCAUGAGGCGGUCGAUCGUGUCGUCCAACUACUUCACCGAUCCGCGUCACCAAGCAAUGACUCGACAAAGGAGGCUGAGCAGGAAAGCACCAUGUACUCGCUGCGGCAGCUUCUUGCAAAUGUCGACUCGUCGUAUCGGGCAGCGGUAGCGGAGCACGCUGACUUGCAAUUCCCUGCAGUAGGAUUCCUGGCUGAGGUGAUUCAUCGCAUGGAGUUGGGGACGGCGAAUCUGCUGGACGCUGUGGACUUCCAGCAGGAACACUUCCAGCAGACACAGACGCAGCAGCAGGCGGGGCUCGAGAAGCUUCAAAAGGAGUUGUGGCGGCAGCAAGAAGUCGAGAAGGCACUUAGAACCCAAUUGGGUGCGUGCCCAAGCAAAGAAGACACGUUGCGUCUCGUUCAGGAGCUUCGAGAUCAGAUCACUGCGACGGCUGCAGAUUCAGCGGUGCGAAUGCUGGAUACGGUGGAUGAUCUGCGGUACAGGAUGGCAGGUCUCCCGAGCUCUCAGAUGCUCGAGCAGUUAGCGAGCGACUUGCAUGCGAGGACCGAUCGAAUCACGCAUGAACUGGAUUCGACUGCUGAAAAGCUCGCUCACGACCUACGGCAAAAAGCGGAUCGGGCUGAGAUCGAUCGUCUGCAAAGCCUCCUUGAAUCAGGCAACGGGGUAAGCGUGCUUCCACCGUCCCUCACCAAGUCCCCCUUGCGAUGUUUGUCUUGCGAUCAGCACCUUCCGUUUGCACGGGCACCUCAUGACGACGACACGGAACCUGAACAUGCAUCAAAUCCGGGAUCCCCCACUUCUCAGCGGCCUGGGUCACCUCCCCGCUCUCCUCCGAGUUCUCCUCCGCGGCCAAUUGUGUAUCACAACCAGCACCAGGCUCAUCCACUGCCGUAUCCGUACCAACAAUACCCAGGGUACUCGCAGCCUGUGGGAGUCUACAACGAUCUAGGUAUCAACAUGGGGAUUUUAGAGGAGCUAUUCGCCGCCUCAACUUCUGCGUUGGAAAGACGGCGGCGGCAGCGGCAGCAUUUGCAGCUGCAGUUGUUGAGUCCACACACCGAGUACGACAACGAGUGGAGUUACCGAAAUCCCGCGUUCUUGAACAUUGACGACGGCAGAAACCGGAUCCCGCUUCGAAAGACCCAGCUCUCGGAUCAGGUGAUUUACGGCCCCGCGAUCACUCCGAACGCAUUCCGGAAGAAACCGAUUGGUCGUUCCGAUGAGUACGUCGACCCAAUCGUGGCAGCCAUUUGA